CCGAAAUGAAUACAUCCAACAGAACUAAAAAUAAAAUAUUAUGAACCUGCACUGGAGUGCAGGAGACAUGCGUCCAAAUUAUACCGCUACCAUGAUGUGCAACACAUUUCCCUCGCAGUUCAAACCCCAUGUUGCAGCUAGUCUGUCAAGUAUGACCUGCUGCGUGACCUUCGCCUACUGGCCAGCAUUUUUUUCUUUUUUUAUAAACAAAUAGUAACGAGCCUCGAAAGUCAAGGUACCAACCGAAUCUCUUCUCUCUUCCACCUGCUUCCUAAUAAGUUCAAAAUUUCAUCCACCCCAGUUCCCACUGGCCAAGAGGAACCAUCCCCUCACUCCUUGUAAAAUAAUUUUACAUUGCAUACUUUUUUUCUACAUACAUAUAUAUCACGAGCAUAGCACGUGCCGCCGAUAACUGGAGCUGGGCACCCACGAACAUGGCAAAGCUCCCCAUGAUCCCGCUCCGUUCCUUUGUCGUGCCUUCUUUUUAACCCCCAUUUCCCCUACUUCACUCCUCCGGAAAGGAGUAAAUAAAUAAGCAGCACUCAAUUUUUCAUUUUUACGUAUGAGGCGCCCCUUUCUCUCUCCGGUUCCCAAAACAAAUCCGGCCGAGAGCACCGAGAGAAGGGGAAAAUAGAGAGGCGGAGAAUUUCCAAGAAAGAACGGACGACUUCAAUGGACAAAUCUCCCGACGCCUGGGGCCCGCGGAGAAGCGGCGGCGGAGGGAAGGCGAACCUCGCGUCCUGCCUGGUGGCCACGGUGUUUCUAAUCUUGGUAGCCGGGGCGGUGGUGGUGGUGUUCCUCGUCUUCUUCCGUCCCCGGGACCCAAAGAUCCAGGUGGACGGCGUCCAGUUCCCGGGCUUCUCCGCCGCCAACGGCACCGUCAGCUUCACAUUCGCCCAGUACGCGGCGGUGCGCAACCCCAACCGCGCCGCCUUCUCCCACUACGACAGCACGCUCCAGCUCGUCUACGCCGGCAACCAGGUGGGCUUCAUGUUCAUCCCCGCCGGCCAGAUCGACGGCGGCCGCACCCAGUACAUGGCCGCCAGCUUCACCGUCGACUCCUUCCCCCUCGCUGCGGCACCACCGCCGGGGGGCAGCAUGGAGGUCGAGUCCCGAAUGCGGGUCAAAGGCAGGGUCCGGGUCCUGCGCUUCUUCACGCACAACGUCGAGGCCACCGCCGGCUGCCGCGUCGUAGUCUCCGCCGCCAACGGCGCCGUCCUAGGGUUCCGGUGCUGAUCAUACGAUCGGAUCGGAUUCAAAUCCGAUUAGAUCGAGAAAGAAAUUGUAAGAGAAACAAAGAAGAAAGACAUGAGGGACAGAUUCUUUUUUUUCGAAAAGCAAUGUGGGUGUCAUGUAGAAUAGAUAUUUGUUCUCCCCUUGUUAAUUUGAGGGUUUGGUCCUUCUUUAUUUGAAGUUCUUUUGCUUUCGGCACCGCUCCGUGUUUUGCUGCGCUUUGUUUGGUUAAUCUUUUUCUUUUUCUUUUUCUUCGAGAGUUAUGUAAACCCUGCUUUAAUUACUUAUAGAUGAUGCCUUUGAAAUGGGGAAGGA